AUGAGGUGGUCACUCUGUAUCGCCUCCGCUAUCCUAAUUAUAAUACCUGUCUUCUCGACUCCCAUCCCACGAUUGAUACUACGACGGAGGGGCCUGUUCGAGGAUACACUUCAGGCGACUGAGUCAACAGUCGACGAGCUCGCUGCGAAAGUUACUAACGCACUGACAGAUAAUCCACAGCCUUGCUCCCAUGUAAAAUCGUUCUUCCGCCAACUCGCAAAUGGUGAAAAUGCAGGAGGAGUAACGACGAUUGGUGACCGUGCUGUUGCUGGUGCACGUAAGAUGCUUGGUUUGCAGUCGGCUGGUACGGCAGGACUUGUACAAAUGGUUAACGAACUUGUCGAUGGGGAAUUGUCGAACUCGACGACGACUGCGUUGGUCCAGGCUUUGUCUAAUAGCGCGAGGACGAUUGCUAGCUUGAACACAUACAAGUUCCUCCUCGACACGCAGGCGGGGUUGGCGAACCUUACGAACGGGGUCGCUCAGCUGAACGGUACGGGAUUGAAACCCGUUGAGGACCUCGCGAACCAGAUCAAGCCGGUGCUUUCUGACCUUGAGGAUACGAUCGACCAAUUUGGCGCGGACUUUAGCGUACAGAAGGUUGCUAAUCAAGCCAGCGAUAUCCAAAAGAUCCUCUCACUCGUCGAAGACGGCAACGGCAACGUCCAGAAACUCAAAGGUCUCAACAAGGAAAACCAACAAACAGUGAACCAACUCAUCGACGCUGCGCAGAACUCAAUGAACCAACUCGCAGCUGCUGCGCAACAAGCUAGUGCUAGUGCGAACUCGCCACCGGAUAUCGACCCUUCGCAGUUCACUUAUCGGAAGGGAAAUUCUUGUACGGCUGAUGGUGGGUCGUCAUCGAAGGCGAAGACGAAACGUAUAUUGUAG